AUGGCUCCCCCAACCACAGCAGUACCUCGAACAACUACUCGCUCACGCGCGACCCCAGUCUCCGCCCCGACUCCCGCCACCCGCGUCACCCGCUUACGCGCGGCCAAGGAGUCGGCGGCGACCUCCCCGGCGACUCUCGGCAAGAACCCUCCAACUGGCGCUACAGGCUUCCUGGCGAAGGGCAGGGCCGAGCUGCGCAAGGUGUCGGACAAGUUGAAGGAGAAGGAGAAGGAAAAGGAGGCUGCCAAGGAGGCCGCAAAGAAGGCUGCGGCAGAGAACACGUACACACAGCAACUGCAGGCGUACCUGCGUAUUCGGCCAUCGCCUACCGACAGCGAGCUCCAGCUCUCGCCGUACCUCGAACUGCAGGAUGAGAAGAACGUCGUCAUGCGCCAGCCUGCCGACUCGGGGCGCGCGCACCUCGCAAAGCCUCCACACGUGUACAGCUUUGACCGCGUGUUUGCGCCGGAGACCAGCCAAGCCGACUUCUUUAGCACUACCACCCUCCCGCUUGUUGAGAAGCUCCUCCAGGGCGACAAUGGUCUUGUGUUUGCCUACGGAGUCAGCAACUCUGGCAAAUCGUACUCUAUCCAGGGCCAGACCUCUGGGCUGAACGAGCGUGGAGCGGUUCCGCGUGCCAUUGACGUGGUCUUCAACUCUAUCAAAGGCCAUGAGAGCAAGGCUAACCUCAAGUGCCAAGGCCUCGCCGACGUUAUCCUCACCGACGAAGAUGAGAUCUCACUCCACAGCCUGCCCAUGGAAGCCGAGGACGGAAUUGAUGACACGAUCAAGGUCGAUCGCAACUAUUCGUACGCAGUCUUCGUCUCUUAUGUCGAGGUCUACAACGAGAAGAUCUUUGACCUCCUCGACUCGGUCCUCCCCCAGGCCUCUCGUCCCAAGCUCUCCCAUCUGCCACGCACCAUGAGUAUCGGUGUUGGUGCCUCUAGCGCCGCCCUUGGAUCGUCCAUGAGCCUGGCUGCUAUGGCCAACGGCGGUGGGGGUGUUCUGAAGCGCCGUGCACUUGUGCUCAAGAACGACCCCGAAGGCACUGGCAAGUACAUGUCGGGCCUGCAUGAGAUCCGCGUUCGCACUCGCGAGGAGGCACUUGCCGUCUUCCGCUCUGGCCAGCGUGCCCGCCAGGUGUUUGGAACCAUGGCCAACCGCGAGAGCUCGCGCAGCCACGGUAUCCUCACUCUCAAGGUCGUGCGUGUCCACAACGGCGCACCCGAGGACCCCGACUCGGCCCAGGUCUCGCGCCUCUCGAUUGUCGACCUCGCCGGCUCGGAGCGUACUCGCAACACCGGCACGACCGGUGACCGCCUCAAGGAGGCCGGCAACAUCAACAAGUCUCUCAUGGUCCUCGGCCAGUGUCUCGAGGUUCUGCGUGCCAACCAGCAGAAGAUGGCUGCUCCAGGACCUCUGAGCGCCAGGAAGAAGGUCGCCAUCGUCCCCUUCCGCCACUCCAAACUCACCGAGAUCUUCCAGAGCUUCUUUGUCGGUGACGGCCGCGCCGUCAUGGUGGUUCAUGUCAACCCCUAUGACACUGGUUUUGACGAAAACUCGCACGUCAUGCGGUUCUCUGCCAUUGCGCGCGAGAUUCAAACCACAGCCGUCAAAGUCAACUCCUUCCCGACACUCAAGCGCCAGAUCAGCUCGCAACUUAGCGCGGUCCGUAACGUUCUCACUGGCCACCACCACACUGGCCAGAAGAUCAAGGUCGUUGUCCCCGUCAUGCCCAAGACCGCCGUCACGCCUGUCACUGUGGCGACCUCGACCAGCUCAUUCUCCCGCCCCACAGCCAGCAGCAACAGCCGUACAAGCACCGCCCUGCCGCGUCCCACUACUCGCGUUCCGUCCCGCACUCCUUCCCGCCCGCCUACUCGUCCCCAGACUCCUCGUGAGGCCGAGCCCGAGGUCUUUGAGGUUGUUGAGGAGGAGAUUGAGGUCAUCGAGGAGGACGCCGAGGAGGAAGAGGACGAUGACCACGAUUACCUCGUCGACUAUCUCUUUGAGCAGCUGAAGGAGCUCAAGACCAUGCUCUAUGAGAGCGAGAUGCGCAACGCCUCGCUCGAGGUCGAGAUUCGCGAGGAGUGCGCAUUUGACAUGCAGGAGUCCAUCCAACGCCUCAAUGCGGCCUUCAACGAGCGUCUUAAGACUCAGGCUGCCUUCGGUGAGGAGAAGGCCGACAUGAAGCUCGACAUUAUGCAGCGUGCUCUGGAGGCCAACGAGGGCGACACGUCGUUUGACGAGAGCUUUGCCACAGAUGAUGCUGGCAACACGACGAUGGAAUCCGUUGAGAGCGUCUUGAACGACGACGAGGACGACCCGUUCGCCCCCUCGCCUCCUGGCAAGUCCACCCACGCGGACAAGCCCGGUCUCAUCCACUUUGACAAGGUCGAACUCGAGCCUGUGACACAGCCCGCCGCUUCCCUCCUCUCCGAGUCUGAGGACGAGGACGAGUCUGAAUCCGGAGUCGAGACCGCGUCCGAGGGUGAAAUUACUCGUAACUCUAUCGCCGAGCCCGACGUCUCGCACAUCUCGCACGCUUCUGCCGCCGAGGAUGUCGAGGAGACGCACUCUGAGAACGAGUCCGCAGGCGAGGACUCCGACAGCGACGUCACCGAGGGCGCUUCCGGCUUCCACGACGGCGACGUGACUCGCGAAAGUGAGGCCAGCCAUGCGGGAGAGGUUAGCGGCGACUUUGAGACCACCGCUGAGGUGGAGGAGAAGGAUGAGCCUAUGGAUAUCGACGAGAAGCCUGCAUCUGGCGCUCAGCUUCAGGCGCACGAUGUCGCCGAGGACGACGACGCUGAGGAGGGCUCGGUGGACUUUGAUGAGGAGAACGACAGCGAAGAGGACUCUGAGGAGGACGAUGAAGAAGACGAGGAGGACGAGGAAGAGGAAGACUCCUUUGCCGAUUCGUCGUUCGCCGAAACCGCCUCGACAGUGUCGUCGGAGCCGUCCCCACCCCGCCGCAUGUCCCGCAAGACCAUCUCCCCAACCAAGCGCGUCGCCGGAACCCCGGUCAAGAAGACUGCUGCCUCCCGCACGCCCAAGGUGUCUACUGCAAAGGGUACACCUCUGGUCGAGCGUAUGCGUCAAGACUCUGAACCUAUCGCCAUCCCAAUUAGCGACAGUGAUGACGACGAGGUGGCCAUUGUCAAGGCUCCCAAGUCUGCCAAGAAGCGCACUCUGGGCAAGCGGAUCGUCACCGAGGAUGAGAUUGAGGCCCAGGAGAGCAGAGCUAUUGGUGGCGCCGAGGUGCGUCGUAUGGUGCGUGGAGUUUAA